CUGCACUCUCUGACGGCCAUGGGGCCCUGGCGCUGCCUGCUCCUCUUGCUGCUCCUCGCCGUGGCCCUCCGCGCCCAGCAGCAGCAGUUCAUGGAGUACGUGGAGCGGCGCCUCACCCUCCUGGAGGAGAGGAUCUCACAGUGGCACGACCAGAGCAGCCGCUACUCCACGGAGCUGCGGGACUUCAAGAACCAGGUGCUGGGGAUGCUUGAGACAGCGGAGAAGGAGCGGGAGGCGAUGCGGUCGGAGGCAGAGAGCGCAGCGGUGCGCGUGGACCGGCUGGAGCGUGAGGUCGACUACCUGGAGACGCAGAACCCUGCACCGCCCUGCGUGGAGGUGGACGAGACGCUGAUGGAGAAGCAGGUGGCCACAGCCAAACAGAGGAAGAAUGAGAAAUACACCAAGCUGACAGACUGCCGCGACACCAUCGCGAGUGUCAGAGCCAUGAAGAUCCUGAAGCGUUUCGGCAGCACCUCGGGGCUCUGGACCAAGGAUGCCGCAGGGAACUCCGAGAAGAUCUACGUCUUCGACGGCACUGCCAACGACACGGUGUAUGUCUUCCCCCGCAUGCGGGAGUUCACCCUCUUCUCUGCCACCCGCAAGGCUGCCCGCAUCAAGCUGCCCUACCCCUGGGUGGGCACCGGGCACCUCGUCUACGACGGGCACCUCUACUACAUCCGCCAGCAGGGCCCCUUCCAGGUGAUCAAGUUCAACCUGGCCAACAAGACGGUGGUGGACAGCUCGGUGUUCCCGGCCGAGGAGCAGAUCCCCGUCUUUGGGCUCUCCCCCUUCACCUACAUCGAGGUGGCGGCGGACGAGGAGGGGCUCUGGGCCAUCUACGCCACCAAGGAGGAUGAGAAGAACAUAUGCCUGGCCAAGCUGGACCCCACCUCGCUGGACAUCGAGCAGAUGUGGGACACGCCGUGCCCGCGGGAGAACGCCGAGGGCGCCUUCGUGGUGUGCGGGGCGCUGCACGUGGUCUACAACACCCGCCUGCCCAGCCGCUCCCGCGUGCAGUGCGUCUUCGACGUCAGUGGCACACUGGCCCCCGAGGACGCCUCCCUCGUCUACUUCCCCAAGCGCUACGGCUCCCACUCCAGCAUGAAGUACAGCCCCCGGGAGAGGCAGAUCUACGCCUGGGACGACGGCUACCAGAUCAUCUACCGCAUGGAGAUGAAGAAGAAGCUGGAGGUCUGAGGGGCCCCGGCAGGGCGUCCCCGCACGUCCGGCCAUGCCGCCUGGGCAAGUGCGGCUCUGCCCAUCCCACCCCACGGGGCACAGCCGGCCCCGGCAUGGGACGGCAUCUCUGCCCUGUCUCCCGUCACUGUGAAAUGAUGAAAUGCUGGACCCCCGCCCCCGGCCACCCUCCGCCCACCGGCACCAGGCGUCCCUGCCUGGGACUGCCCUGUAGAAACCUGGUCUAAUUUAAUGAGAUUUUCUUCUCUGUGAUAUAAUGAAUAAAUAGUAUGCAGUGA